AUGGCCACCGCACUCAUCUUUGUAGGCCCAAGCAGGCUUGAAAAUUAGCCCGAGACAGGCUGCGGCAGUGAUCUAAGGAGGGGGAACCUUUGCAGACCCCCCUGUGGCCCUUAGGAAGCCCCCCAAAGGGGCCACAGGAGAUCAAUCAGAAUCCCAGGCUCUUACUCAACGUCACCCUGGGCUACAACAUCUAUGACAACUAUUAUGACAUAAGAAGGACUUCUGAUGCCAUGGCAGACCUGCUGUCUUCUGGGCAGGUGAAUGUUCCAAACUACAGCUGUGGAAGACUGAACAACCUGCUGGCUCUUCUUGAAGGGUCUGACUCUGACACCUCCAUCCGGAUUUCAAGGAUGUUGAACACCUACAAAAUCCCACAGGUCAGUUAUGCUUUUGUUUCUCAUGUUCUCAAUGAUGAAACUCACUUCCCAUUUUUCUACCGGAUGCUCCCCAAAGAAGAAAUCCAAUAUCUGGGGAUUGUCAAACUGCUCCUUCACUUCAGAUGGACAUGGAUUGGUUUGAUUGCUACAGAGAACGAAAAUGGAGAAAGGUUCAUCAGGACCUUUACACAUCUGCUCACCGAAAGCGGCAUUUGUAUUGCCUUCUCAGAAAGCAUCCCUGAAAUAGGAUCAGACAUUGCUUCGUUGCACAUUCAAAGACAAGCCGAGGUAUAUGUUUACUAUGCAGAGAUCCGUUCCUUCUCCGACAGAGUAUUGAUUAUACAAAAAUUUGAAAAAUCUGUUAAUCAUAUUGUGGGAAAAGUUUGGAUCACAACCGCCCUGUGGGACAUCACUUUGGAGCUGAUGUCCAACCCGUCACUUUUCCAAGACAUCCAUGGCUUUUUUUCCUUCUCGAUCCAGACUGCCAAAAGGACAACAUAUGAUAAUUUUCUACCAUUGUUUUUUGCUAUGCGUCAGACUGUGGACAAAGGAUUUCAGUGUUUUUACUCAAAGCACAUGUUUUCUGUGAAAGGCUGGACAAGAUGCAAACAGACGGACAACUUGGAGACCCUGCCUCAAGAUAUGCUUGAAGAAACCCUGUCUCUAGAUAGCUACAGUAUUUACAACAGUGUCCAGGCUGUAGCACAUGCCUUGAAUGCUGCCUAUUCAUCCAGAUCCAAGUGGAUCAUAAAGAUGGGUGGAGAUAGGUUGGGACAUCAAAAGCUACAAUCAUGGCAGAUCCACUCUUCCCUGAGAAACUUGCAGUUUUACAAUACUUCCAUGGUUGGAGUGUAUUUUGAUGAGAAUGGGGAACUGGUAGCAAACUUUGACAUUGGGAACUGGGUAUUGUUUCCUAACAAAUCUGUUCUUAGAGUGAAAUUUGGAAGUCUAGAGAAACCGGCAUCUCCAGACCUCAAGUUCACCAUUGAUCAAGAAGCCAUUGUGUGGCCUAAAUGGCUCAACCAGACGCUGCCUCAUGCCAGGUGCACUGAAAGCUGUCACCCUGGGUACGCCAAAGUGAUUCGGGAAGGAAUGCCAAGUUGCUGCUAUGAUUGUGCUCCAUGCAAGGAAGGUACAGUCUCCACUCAAGAAGAUGCAGACCACUGCAAUAAGUGUCCAGAUGAUCAGCAUCCAAAGAAAGACCGAGAUCAAUGUAUCCCCAAGAUUAUAACCUUCCUAUCAGUUGAAGAAAGUCUGGGGAUCUGCCUAAUUUCAUUUACCCUAUUCUUGGCCCUAAUCACAACCUUUGUGUUAGGAAUCUUCAUUAAAUACCUUGACACUCCAGUAGUCAAGGCCAACAACCGGGACCUCUCCUACAUCCUCCUCGUCUCCCUCCUACUUUCCUUUUUGUCCUCCUUUCUAUUCAUUGGCCAGCCUGGGAGGGUGACCUGCCUUCUCCGACAAACUGCCUUCAGCAUCAUCUUCUCAACUGCUGUCUCUUCUGUCUUGGCAAAAACCAUCACUGUGGUGAUCGCGUUUGUGGCCACAAAACCAGGGAGCAGGAUGAAGAGAUGGCUGGGGAAGGGUUUGGCCAAAUACAUUGUCAUUUUUUGUUCAAGUGUUCAAGCUGGCAUCUCUGCCAUAUGGCUGGGAAUCUCCCCACCCUUCCCAGACUCUGACAUGAACUCCCAGCCCGGCCAGAUAAUCUUGCAGUGCAAUGAAGGGUCUGUCACCAUGUUUUACAGUGUCCUUGGCUACAUGGGCUUCCUGGCUGCCAUCUCUUUCUUGGUGGCAUUCCUAGCUAGGAUGCUGCCAGGGGCCUUCAAUGAAGCCAAGUUGAUCACCUUCAGCAUGUUGGUCUUUUGCAGUGUUUGGGUCUCCUUUGUGCCUGCCUAUCUGAGCACCAAGGGGAAAUACAUGGUGGCUGUUCAGGUCUUCUCUAUCUUGGCCUCCAGUGCUGGGUUGCUGGGCUGCAUCUUUCUUCCCAAAUGCUACGUUAUUGUAUGGAGGCCUGAUCUGAACAGAAAGGAACAUCUGAUGACAAAAACUAAAGAUUGCAUCUGAUUCUUAUCAUAUUGUUUUCAGUUGUGGCAACUGAUGUGCAAAAAUGAAAUCAGCAUACUUGUCUUGGUAAGGCAGUCCUCAAAGGCAGGAUGCCUCUGAGUACCAGUUGCAGGGGAGUAAUAGCAGGAGAGAGACCAUGCCCUCAACUCCUGCUGUAGGCUUCCAGGCUGGACUAAAUGGGCCUUUGGCCUGAUCCAGUAGGGCUGUUCUUAUGUUCUUAUGCUAUUGUAACUGACCUCAUUUCCCUCCAUCUUGGGGGAAAAAAAGUAGCAAUAAACAGUAAACAUGAAUUCAGUAAGGCCACAACCUUUCUUUUUUGAAUAGUUUACCUUUAUCACAGACU